UUAAGCUGUAGUAUGUUAGAGACAGACACCUUUUAAAUUGAAAGAAAUGGAAAGGCAUCGUACAGCGCACAUUACAUUUGAUAGAGCUAACCAAUAACAAGGGCAUAAAGUAACAUGAAAGCUGCUAUUGUAAUAACUUUAGUUUGUUUGUUGUGUUAUACAACAUCACAAAGUUAUCACUUCAGCAAUGGAUGGAACCCAGGAAAGAGAUCAUCACCACCCUGUAGUUUUAGUCCAUAUGUUAAGACCAUGAUAUCUAAAUUAUUAGAGAAUGAAACACGCAGAUUACAGAAAUGUUCCAGAUCAGUCAUUCAAGAACCUGUAGAAUAUUUUCCAAUGGAGAAAGGAGAUGAUAUACAAGUACCAUAAGUCAGAUUGUGCUGAAAGAAUAAAUCACAUUCUCAUAUGACAAUUACAAACUUUUGUUAGUGCAUAAAAUCUAUUAGGAAGUAUAAAGCUGAUAUUGGAGUGCACGAUGAGGAUAUCAGCAGAUUUAUAUAUUUUGUUUCAAUGUUCUUGUAUUUUACAAUUAAACUAGAAACACUAUUAGAAUACAUAUGUUACGUUA